UUUAAAUGUUUGCAGCUUGUCGCGCGCGAAUUUCAUCGUUAGUUGAAAAUGGGAAAAUCUUAAGAUAUUUCCAUAUAAAAUUUGAAAAAUAUACACAAACGAUGUCCUCUAGUGCUUAUAAUCCUUGGAGUUAUAUUUAUAUAGCUGGCCCAGAUGUGCCUAUUUAUUUCAAGCGAAAGAAACUAGCCCAAAACGAAAGUGAAAGUAGAAUUUCGAAAAAUGAAUCUAAAAUUUUGAAAGAAAAUAUCGCAAAGUACCUAUUGUUUGCUAAAAGUGAGUCGGCUGACUCUAUUCCUAGUGUGUGUUAUAUCAACUCUGCUAUCAAGUCUCACCUAGCAUAUAGACAAAAAGAUGUUUGGAAAUCAUCCGUAAUGUCCCAUGCUGUUCUAUUUGAUGAAAUGUUCACACGAGAGCGGCUUCAAGGUCAUGCUAGUAGAGGCGUUUUCUGUUGCUGCACAAACCCUGAACACCGUACAUAUUUCCAUUCUCAAUUGCUCGAGUUUCUCAGGGAAAACAAAAACUUUAUAGCCUAUGAAAUAGUUGAGUGUUCAAAUCCACAGAACACCUUUAAAAUGACACUUGUCAGUGAUGAUGGUAACAGUGAAGAUAGUGUGAUUGAAUUGGACAUGAUAAAUCAGCCUAGAAUUAAAAACACAGGGGAAUGUGAUAUAAAAGCCUCUCCUAUAUUUUCAAUUUCAGACAUAAGUCCAGUGUUCCAUAGUUAUGGCGAGUGUCUUGCUGUUUUGGAAAAGCUUGCAGAUGUCAUGGAAGUCAAAGAAUUGUUGGAUAUUUCUGGCAAAUAUGUGACAGUAGGAACAGGGAAAUCAUGCGAAGAAACUCUUGAUCAUCCGUUUAUAGUUGUAGAAGGCAUGGACGCUACUGGGAAAACUACACUGACAGAACUGCUUGAGAAGAAGAUGGGUGCUGCUCGAUAUUUUACCCCACCACCUCAAAUAACACAUCUGAGGGCUUUCUUUGAUAAAUACCCAGAGAUUGUGAGAAGGGCAUAUUACAGCCUGGGCAAUUAUAUUGUGGCUCAUGAGAUCAUCCAGGAGUGUAAAACCAGACCUGUUAUAAUGGACAGAUUUUGGCACAGUACUGCAGCGUAUGGAAUAGCCAAUGAAUCUAGCAGCCAGGACAUGCCAGCGGCUGGUCAUUCCGUGUAUCAGUGGCCAACUGACCUGUUGAAGCCGACCCUCGUUCUAUUCUUGACCGUGUCCGAGGACGUGAGGAAACAAAGACUUACUGGACGUGGUAUAACAGCAACAUUUGAAGAAAUAAGUCUUGAUAAUGAUCAACUAUUCAGACAACGAUUGUGUGACAGUUACAGAAGAAUGACAUCCCCAUCUUUAAUAGAAAUAGAUGCUGGGGGUACAGUGGAAGAAGUUUUGGACAAAGUGCUCGGGGUGCUGGCCUCCCAGGGUGUAAAUCUUAACAGUUUUAACAACCGAUGACAGUUGACCGAUGACCGAAGUUGACCGGUGACCAAAGAGAGUAACAGAUUGUGAGGUGUUAGGUCGCUUUAAGGUAGUCAUAUUGUAAUGGCAAUGCUUUUCCACCAAAAUGUUCUAAUAUUGGCCAAUAUCGUAGCAAAAUCUUUUAUUUCCGGAAUGUUUUUUUCUAGAAAUCUUUGGUAUUAGAUUUUUUAACAAUCACUCAUUACUAAUUAAUAUGUACUAAAUUCGGGUUAUAAAUGGUUUAGAUUUAUUGAAUACCGAAAAUUGUGAAAAAUAACGUUCCGGAAAAGACCGAUUUAUUACGACAUUGGCCAGUUUUAGAAUUUUUUGGCGGGAAAGCAUUACAGUAAGACUACCUUAACUUGUUGACUUAUACACUUACAGGAAAGAAAGAAUGAACCCUGACUGUUCUAGAAAUGUCAAAUUGACAUGUCCAUCAUUCCAACUAGAUAAAACCAUUCCUUGUUUAUAGAAAAAAUAUUCAAAAUAUGUACUGGCUGAAUAGCAAACAGACCAUAUUCAGAUGGCAGGGGUUUGCGGAUCUAAGUCUGCUAUGGUCUGGCAUGGGUAGAUUAAGUCGCCACAAGCUAGAGCUGUCAUUGAUUGAUUCAGUGCAAAGCAUUUUGACGAUAUACCAAUAUCGGACGACAAAUAUUGGCGAUACACCAAAAUGUGUAACAGCUUAGUGUUAGACAUGGCCACCUGCUUUUGUUUAUGAUUUGUAGUGAAUUUUCAUAAUUUAUAGACAUUUAAAUAAUGUUUCAAAAUAAUCAAUUUUUUAAAAUGUGUAUUGAUUAUUGAUGGACAGAAAAAUAUCAACGAUAUCAUCUCUAUAUGACAGCUCUACCCCCAGCAGGUAAACACAAGAAUAUUUGUGUGUUUUCAGUGUUAAGAUUAAAUUAUAUUUCUUCCAGUGAAAACUAGACAUACUAUUUCAGUAUCUGGCAAAGUCAUUAGGUAAAAUUUUACAGCAGAUGUUCAAAAGUGAAAUAAAAACUUGAUCUUAAAUAUCAAAUAAGCGAACUUGCUAUUUAUCUAGUUUUUGUUACGGUUUUAUUUUUAUGUUUAUUGUUACUGAUUUUUUUCGGUUAUUUAGAAUGUCAUACAAUUUUUCCUCCUCUUAUGUAAAGGGAGAGAAGCAUAGACUACAAUUUAUGUAGACCAGUAGAAGUUUUUUCCCCUUGUUUGGCUUUUGAGUUUGUUUUUUUGUUAGCUUGUUUUUUGGGAUUUUUUUCUGUCUCUUCUUAUUCGGAAAUGUACUUAAAUAUCUAUUUUUUCUUAAAGAUAUACUCUGCUCAAAUUUUUUUAUUUGAAAAUAUUGAUAAUUGCUACAUAUAGUCCUUUUGUACAUAUAUAAUAAAACAUGUUUUGACUUCACACUGUCACAAAGUAGAUACAUUAUGUUUAAAAUCCACCACACUAAAUUUGACCACAAUAUGAAGACAUAGUGUCAUUAAACAAACUGGCAGUUUUUUCAAGAAAAGACCAACUACUUGUCCUGUAAUAGGGAACGCAGCUUCCUAUACAUAGCCAACUCUUUCUUUUUUUCAAAUUAGACAUAUUCAGUAACAAUUUCAUAAAUUUCAAUAACUAUUCGUGAUUAAAAUAUUUUACUUAAUUAAGAAUGAGCAUAGUAUAUCUGUAAAUUAACUGCAUUCUUGACUUGAUAUGACCAAAUAUACAUGAUUGUUUAUAUAAAUAUAACACUAAAGUUUAUGCACAAAAGUGUUUUUGCCAAAACUUGUAAUAACAUUAUCAUGGUGGGCCCUCUUAAAAUAAAGUGGAAUUAGUACAAUAUAUUUGUUAGUUUUAUUACUUUAUGAAUAAUAUUUCUUACCAAAUAUUGGCAUAUAUAUUUUCCUUAUAUUUUAUCAAUGUUAAGAUAUAUUUAUAUUAAUUUUGUUUUAUUGUUAAGUCUGCACUUUCUGUUUACUUAUUUAAGGCUUGUUUGCUUGAAAAAGGAAAUGUACAACUUUGAAAAUUAACCAAAUGAAAAAUUUCAAUUUGUCAUAAAUUAUAAUAAAACAAUUAUUGUAUGAAGAUUAUGGUAAAUUUGGAAGUAUAUCGACCUAACAUAUUUUCAUCAGAAAUGUUGUUUUAGGUGAAACCUUAAUUUUAACUACUUUGUCUUUAUUGAACUAACUAGCAUUGAUGUCAUAUGUUUGUGACCCUGAGCAGGCUGGAACCUGCAAUCCAUUGGUUGGGUUAUAUAGUUUAUAUAUCUUAUUAUAACCAUAAUUAUGGGCACUGCUGAAGUAAAUUUUGUUACUUAGAGGAGUAUGUAUGUUGUAAAAGGUUCUGUUAUUAGAGCCAUUUGCACUUUCAUUUUUAUCUUUUACUUUGCCAUAUAUCUUUAUAAUAAGGGCUAUGAUAAAGUAGUUUGAUGAAAAUUACAUGUAUUUUUACAAGUUUUAAUAAAUAGUUUUUAAUAUGUUUGAAAAUAUAUUUGUAUGUUAAUGUUUAAAGCUGCAUACCUUCAAAUAAGUCAAAUAUUUCAAGAAGAAUGUGGUAAGGUUUUAAGAAAAGUUAACAGAUUCAAGUAAUAAUUUACAUUUUAUCUGCGAUUAUCAUUAAUGACUGAUUUUGCAAUAGAAUGUAUUUAUCAACAUAUUUCUACUGCGUGACUAAUGCAGUAAGGGCUGUUUGUGCAUAUUUUGACAUCCUGUUGGUAGAUUGUAAGUGCUGUUUGCAGUGUGUAAAUUACUUGCUUUGUUCCCUUCACAAUAUUGUACUUUUAAAUACAUACUCAGUUAUCAAAGAAGGGAUUAUCUGGAGGCAUGCUGCUUUAAUUGUUUUAGCAAUUAUUGUUUUUAUCUUUUACAUGUUUUGUCUGUUUUUAUGCUCGGUGAUGUUUUUAAGUAUUUGGUAAUGGUAGUUGUUUGCCCCUCUCAUCAUUCCUGCAAUCAAACUUACUGUGUUUUUCUCAAUAAAUCUGAACCAGCUAGAACAAUCACUACGCUGUCCAACUGACAGCUCUUGUAUUUUGAUGUCAGAAUGCCUAGUUGAUUUUCAAAUAGAUUGUUUCAAUAUCAAUUUAAAGCAGAGCUGAUCUAAAUAUUACACAAUUUCAUCAGGUUAUGGACUUAUUUGUACAGGUAUUAAUAAUUAUAAGUAUUUUAGUACAGAUAUGAAGGUAUGGACCAAUAAUGGGCAAUUUAAGGUAAUACUGCGGUGAAGGUCAGUAAGCUAUUAAAAUUUGAAAUUAAAAGCAAAAAAAAUAUAUGUGGCUCUGUGAUGACUUCUGUCCUAAUCAGAGGAAGUAAAUUCUGGUCAGGGGAAGAAACUGCUAUGGGGAGUUUGGCUAAAGCAGUGUGAGUGAGCCAAACACUUUCGGCAGCUGAAAAAGAUAAUGUUGUUUUAUAUAAACAACAUGAAAUACUUUUGUUCUGUAG